UGCAGAGGUGGGGGACACAGAGGGUGUGGGCACUUCCUCCCCUGAGACCCAUGUCCCCACAGGUAACACUGCUUUCCUUCACUGUGGAGGCUGAGCACACCUUCCUGGACUACAUCAGGGGCGGGACCCAACUCAACUUCACAGUGGCCAUCGAUUUCACGGCAUCCAAUGGGAACCCCUCGCAGCCCACGUCCCUGCACUACCUGAGCCCCUUCCAGCUGAAUGCCUACAGCCUGGCACUGCGGGCUGUGGGGGACAUCAUCCAGGACUACGACAGUGACAAGAUGUUCCCAGCCCUUGGCUUUGGCGCCAAGGUCCCCCCGGAUGGGCACGUGUCCCAUGAGUUCCCACUGAAUGGGGAUGCAUCAAACCCAGCGUGCUGUGGCAUUGCGGGGGUGCUGGAGGCUUAUCAGCGCAGCCUGCGCCGUGUCCAGCUCUAUGGCCCCACCAACUUUGCCCCUGUUGUCAACCAUGUUGCCCGGUAAGAGGGGCCCGAUGCCCUGGGGUGGGGUCCCUGAACCCCCCAGCGUCAUACAGGGUUCCCCCAGCUCGGCGGCCAUGGUGCUGGAUGGG